GAUUCUAGGAUUUUCUAGCAUGGAGGAGGAUGUUGCUGCUAAUUGAGGAUGUAGUGUUCAUUGUUGGUGUCGUCAUUGUGUGGAUGCUGAGAGGAUCAUUUUCCCAAUAGUGAUCGUGUGCUUUAUUUCAGCUGGGUGGUAGUCACGGCUCCUCAGACGACAUGUCGUGCACAAUGUGAUGGUGUUGGAUUAUUAGACAAAGAUAGGAUAAACUAGCACUACACUGAUCAGUUAGAGAAGACUGUUAUGUAACAGUUGUGAUGCACUAGGGCGUCUUAUUUGGGCUGCAGUAGUACAGAGACGUCGCUCCCAAGAUUGAGGAUACAGGACAAUUCAUGCCUUAACUCCAGGGGCACAGAAAUACUGGUAUAUAGAACUCUGGAACUUAUUUUGGGAAGCAUUAAAUUUAAUUGAAGAAGAUAGUCUGAUUUCUGGUGGACACAGGAGCAGAGAUCUGUAGACUUCAGAUUUUUGUGGUGAGGCAGAGAAACAAUCUAAUAUUGUAGAUGUGGGAAUUGCUGCUCGCUUAUACCACGCAGGCAGACAGACUCAAUUUGACCUGAUACAUCAAUAUUACUCAGGCCGACACAGCAAACUAUUUGUGACAUGGGCAAAGUUUGCCAAAGUCACAUGUAAAUGGGCAAUGACUAUACCAAGAUUGUAUGAUAUUGAGAGGUGGAAGAACCACAUCACUGAAAAUAAGAUUGUGUUGGAAGAAAAUGGCAGGUUAUAAGAAGGUACCGACAGACAAAUGGAAGGAACCAGAAGACCCUGCUGGAAAGUUGGACAUUGAGGAGUUGGUGGGAAAUGCAGCCUCACAGCGCAACUGGCGUGGUAUUGCCAUUGCCCUUCUCGUCAUUGUCGUCGUCUGCUCUCUUAUCAUUACUGCUGUAGUCCUGCUCUCACCAGGCAACGAGAAUGUGGAUCUGGGGGAAAAGUUCACGAUAGAUGACUUCUUUGACCCAUCUUUCAAACCAAAAACCUUUGCGGCACACUGGCAAAAUGGAGAGGACAAGUUCAUCUACAGGAAUGUGGAGGGGGCACUGGCUGAGUUUGACUGUGUCAAAAACUCCUCCAACCCGCUCAUGGACAACACUACAUUUAGGCAGUUGGAUACUGGGCAGUAUUCCCUCUCGCCGGACAAGAAAUACGUCCUGUUGAAAUCUGAAGUUGAGCCUGUGUACCGCCACUCAACUCUAGCUUCCUAUAGUGUGUAUGAUAUCAACACUCGAGUCCUGACCAAGCUCCGGGGCCCUGGUGCAGGCAGUAGGUACCAGUAUGUGGCCUGGGCACCGAGAGGACAUAGUCUGCUGAUGAUCCAGGAAAACAACAUCUACUACAAGUCAGACAUUGAAUCCAGCCCUACAGCCGUGGUGGAAGAUGGGAUCCCAGGCCUCAUCUACAAUGGGGUUCCGGACUGGGUGUAUGAAGAGGAGAUCCUGGGCGCUGACAAUGCUGUCUGGUGGUCAGCUAAUGGCACCUACCUCUGUUACGCUGUCUUCAACGACACCGACGUCCCCGAGUACAAGUUUCCCAUCUAUGGCGACAUGAACAGUGCCUAUGGCGAGACCAGGAAAAUUGCAUAUCCAAAGCCAGGGUUCCCAAAUCCAACGUUCAAGCUCAAGAUUGUGAACAUCGAGACCAAAGUCACAAAGACUAUCCAGCCACCACAAGAUUUCCGAAACAUAGAGUACUACUUCACGACCAUCACCUGGAAGGAUGACGACUCGCUGCUAGUGAGCUGGCUGAAUCGCCCCCAGAACUUCUCCAUCAUCACCAAGUGCACUGCCAAGGAUGCUCAGUGUCAAGAGAGCCUGAGGGAACAGGGACAUGGAGGAUGGCUUGAUUUGUACACUUCUCCAGUCUUCUCCUCAGACGGGUCUCGGUAUUUCUGGGUGCUGCCUCAGCGAGACCAGGAUGCUGGAUACUUCAAACAUGUCGCCAUGGUUGAGUCCAGGGGAGGGAACACAGGCGACAGCAAGAUAUUCUUGACUCUGGACCAGUCGGAGGUCACCAAGAUCCUCAGCUACGACAACGAGCAGAAACUGGUCUACUUCCUUGGAAAUGGAGGGGACCCCAAGAAGAAGCAUGUGUACAGUGUUGACCAUGAUCGCAAGGUGAACUGCAUCACAUGUGACCUUGACGAGAAGUGCCAGUAUGUGAGUGCAAGCUUCAGCGGAUCAUCUCACUACUUCAUCCUGGAGUGUCUGGGACCGGGAGUGCCGUAUUACGCCCUGUACGACACCAGCACUCUGGAAGAGAUUGCACGUAUGGAGAACAAUACAAUCCUUGGAGAAAGACUGUCCAAAAAGGCACUGCCAAGACAAGAAGAUAUAUUCAUUGAGAUUGAAAAUGGGGAAAAGAUUUGGGGGAAGAUGUUGCUACCACCAAAGAUGAAGAAGGAGGAGAUUACGACAUACCCCCUCAUCCUCAACGUCUAUGGAGGCCCCGGCACACAGAAGGUGACGGACGAGUUCUCCAUUGGUUGGGAGACCUAUCUGACUAGCUCAAAGGACUACAUCUAUGCAUAUGCCGAUGGGCGUGGCUCAGGGGGGCGUGGUCAGACCUUCCUGCAGCAGAUAUACAAGCGUCUCGGGACAGUCGAAGUGGAUGAUGCCAUCAAGGCAGGAGAACACUAUUCUAAGCUGCACUACGUGGACACGGAGAAGAUGGCAAUAUGGGGAUGGUCCUAUGGAGGGUUCCUGACAUUGUCGGCACUGGGCAGAGGGACAGAAACCUUCCCAUGUGGCAUUGCUGUGGCUCCAGUCACCGACUGGAUAUACUAUGACUCGGUGUACACGGAGAGGUACAUGGGCACGCCAAGACCCAGUGACAACCGUCAGGCUUACAGGGACGCCAAUGUAUCACAUUAUGCAGAAAGGAUGAAGAAAACCAAGUUCAUGCUGGUUCACGGCACUGGCGAUGACAAUGUUCACUUCCAGCACUCCGCUCAGCUCAUGAAGGCUCUGACAGAAGCUAAUGUAUAUUUCAGGUUACAGGUGUAUACCGACAAACACCAUGGUUUGUUAGGCGGAAACACAAGACGCCAUCUAUACGAAACCCUGGAGGAUUUCCUAGUUGAAUGCUUUGAUGGCCGAUCACUUAAAUUUGGUAAACCUCCAAAAUUGGAUGAAGAAAAGAAAGAAAGUACAUGAAAAGAAUGAAAUUAUAGACAACUAGGCAUUUUAUAUUGAAGAAUCCCACCCAAAGGUGACAGAGUGUAAAGAAACUAUAUAUAUGGCCAUAUUGAGGGAGGUAACUCUCGAGAACAGCCUGAUUCCUGUAAGGGAGAUAAUCCUGUAGUGGAUGCUGUUUUAAUGAAGUUGGUACAGUUGUUGUGGCCAAUGAAAAUAUUUUACCACCAAGCCUGACGUGUAAAUCCCUUACUGAGAGACUCAAGUGUUUGUUCUCCCGACAAGAAUCAGCUGUGUCACCUGCAUCAAGAUGAAUUCAACUGGCGUUACAUCACGCAGUACCAUUUACUUAAAAAACUCCAAUUAUAAAACAUGAAAUAUUCAUUAUUUUUAUGGAUUGUUUUGUUUGAAUAUGAUUACCAAGGUUGAUAUUUGAAAAACAGUAACUUGAUAUCAUUGUUUCCCUACAUUCCCAAUCAUGACGUGUUUGUCAGUUAUUUACGAAUCUACAACUCAAUUGAAACAUGUUUAGGUCGCAAAGGUGUAACUGCUUCAAACUUGAAUGAAAGGAAUCCUUAACCCAAUGGGAGAGCAAAUGUAGCAUCAUAAUCCUGAAUUGACCAAAUGUAUCUUGUGUGUAUACCAGCUCAUUUGACCAUUCUGGUUGAGAUAAGGUGCUGUUGGUACAGGAGCUUCCAUGUGCCUGUGAUUGCCAAAUCAUUCAUAUACUACUUCAGAUAUUCGUCAUUCUCCAUUUCACCUAUGCAGUUAACAUACCUGUCAUCCCCAUCACAAAAUGAUGUCCAUCAGCCUAUUUAACCUCAACUUCUGCAGCUGCUAUGGAAGCUCCUUCAGGACGAGCAUCACCUUAUGUUCAAGCAAGGAACAUACAUACGAGAAAUCUAUGUGUCUUGCUGCCAUGCAACCACAAGAGUCUGUGUCAGUCUGUAUUCUUCCCUUAAGCUUCAUUGGAAGUGACAACAUCUGGUGUUACUUAUGUUUAAUUUACACUUGAAUUCUGUUCAUUAAUGAAUGUCAGUGUUUCGGACCUCAUUCAAUUUGGUAUAUUAUAUGAAUUGUAAUGUAUUAAAACAUGUUGUCCACAAGUCCCUAAAGUGAAUCAGUUAUGUUGGUUCUACUGUGUUCACAUCCUUGAAUAUCUACCAGCCUCACAAUACACCUUAAGCUUCAUGGCAGAUACAGUGAGGCAGAUGUUGACAUUUGUCUACUUUUCUCUCGGCUUCUGAUGGCUUGUUGGGUAUAUUUCUUGUCACAAGCAAUUGAGAAUCACUCGAUUCCAUCAUUUGUGAUUCCUUUUACUUCCUUUGCAUUUUCAAGAUUGCUAUUUUCAGCCGUGUGAAUACUACUGGCCUUUUGUCAUUCUUGAGAUACUGCUUAACACGUGGCGUCACUUUCAUCUGUCACCUUUCUUACUGUUGCCUAGUUAUGUUGUUAGUUGAGGUUUGUGGGCAUAAGGUUUCAGAUGGUUCAUCAAAUGGCUUCCCUGUGAAAUAUGUCACUGUGUAUUCAGGGACAUCCUGAAACCAAAUCCUAGUGACUUGCUUAAAUGUCCUAAAAUUUGGUUUCUUAUGAUGUGAAACAUAUUUCUACAUACUGUUCUGUUGCCAAGGGAAACAUAUCUUCAAGUGUGAAAGGUGAAGGGUUAAUGUUUGAACACAGUCUCCGUCAGUUCAAGGUCAAAACAACAUGAUGUAAAAUUCUGCCAUUAAUCCUUCUCUUUGUUAAAGAAACUGUGCUUUUGAGGUGAAGGGUUAAUUUUUUAACACAGUCUCCGUCAGUUCAAGGUCAAAACAACAGGAUGUGAUGUUCUGUCAUUAACCCUUCUCUCUGUUUAGUACUGUGCAUCUACGUAAUUAAUUUGGUGCAAAAUUCAUGCGCCAAAAGGAGUGAAUGUUUAUGGAUUUCAAAUUGUCCUUUUGUAAACUUCAACUCAGGGCUGCAUUUCAUGCUUGGUCCAAACCCCGACAGAGUUAGCCGAUUCCCUGUUGAUUCCUGUUGGUCAUAUCACACGGGUGGCAGACUUCAGCUGUGUUUACUGCCUGUAACACCUGCCUUGGGUGGAACUACUGCUUAUCAUCUUCCCUAGGCAAGGGCAUUAACUGACUAUAAAAGUCCAGUUACCUCCCUUGCCGAACGAGGCUGGAAUUCCGGAGUUACAUAUUAGCUGGACUAACAAGUCUAUGCAUAGUCCAAUCAAAAUCGCUUAACGAACUAGAAAUCCGGUUAAAAAACAACAUGGAUUUCAACGUGCAGAUUGUGGUCGACUGAAGGAUUUGCAAAGCAUGUAUACCGCCAACUGUGGGAUGACAGAUAUUUUCAGCACCUUUUCAUGUUUUUCAUCAAGGUGCUCAAAUCAGUUGAUGUACUUCGUGAGAUAAGACCUGUUUUAUUACAAUAUAGAUCUUGAUCAUUGAUCAGAUCGUCUAGACUGGCGCGAACAUUUUGAAUGAAGCAAUUGCAAGUGAUAUGAGAGGUGGAAUCUGAUUGGUCAAUAGGAGGGAUAUAGAAGGGACGUAACUUGUAAUAACGCUAGGAUCGAGCCUGAAAAUUCCAGCCUAGUUUGGCAAGGGUGGAAGCUGGACUUUUAAAAUCAGUUAAGGCCCUUGCCUCGGGAAGAUGACUGCUUAUAUCAACCAGGUGCCACUUUUUUCCAUGUCUGUUCCAGAAAACUGGUAAAUCUACAUAAAUUGAUUUGAAACAUUCUAAAAUAACAUUCAAAUUAGGUAAUGAUAAACAAGAACACUGAACAUUGAUCCAAUUUUGCAAGGAACAAAAUAUUCAUUCAUCUUCAGCAACUUAGACAAGUGUUAUCCCAUAGGAUAAAGAAUAGCUUGUACAGGUGUGUUGGAAACAAGCAACAUUUCACUUACAGCAUCACUGAUUUAUUUAUUAUUGUAGGGGAAGGGAUAGGAUUUAUUUUGGUUAUGAACCAGGAAUAUUUUGAAGAAUAUGUUCCUGAGUAGCGGUAAGGUUCUGUUACCUUUGGCAAGCAUUUGUUGCAAGUUGGAAUGGACAUGGAACUAAAGUGGGACAGUUUCUACGUAUAACUCUGUGCUCCUUUGUUUAUUUUAUGAAAGAAAAUAUGCAAUUGUGUUAAAAUGAUGCAUGUGUUAGAAAAGAUAAUACCCACAGUUUAAUAAGUUUUUUUAUGUUCAAUAUUCAGGUUUGCUUAGAAAGAGACUAGCUUGUGUUGUAUACCUUAGAUGGCAGCAAGUUGCCAAGUUAUGAGGUUUUGUAUUCAUGCUGUUUAAACCUAGUUAAAGAACAGUACACAUUUGGUGCUUUCUUGCAAGUGUUAUCAAGUUGUUAUUUAGUAAGACAAUAAGAAUAUUGCAUCUUCUUAAUAUUUAAGUUAGCAUGACUAAGUCUUUGCUAGGUAAAUAGUGAGUAAAAUGCUCAAAUGUUCUGCAUUGUAAACUUUAAAAAUAUUUUUGUAGGAUGAGAGUUUGUGUUACUUUCUUUAUUAACUCUGGCAAUAUUACUGUCAAAUUUUCCUUUGAAGGUUGUGAAUGUAACUUUUCUUCCAUCACACACCUGUACCCAUCCGAGUGGCUCGUGAAGCCUGUUCAGUGUUGCUGUAGCCAGUGUAGAGGAUGCCCAGCAGCAGUUCAAUAUGUCUACAUCAUGUGCAUUUCUCACCAAUUGUUACAUUUUUAUACCAGUGGUAUUUCUAUGCUUUUUUAGUAAUUCACAAUUUGUAACAAUCACGAUCCCAUUGUCAUGUGUAUUAGUCAUACUAUGGAGAGGUUAGUAGAUAGAUUUUUAGCAUAUCCCAAUUUUAAUCCAGUGAAAUGAGAUUGUUAACUCCAAUAUGAUACAUUAGGAAAAAGUGUCAGGCAAACUUUCUAAUCAACAAAUUGGCACCGAGGCUUCUAUAUUCUCUGUAGGAGUGAGCAAGGGAUUCAGACCAGCAUUUUUUAUUUCUAUAUGUCAAAAACUAACUUAAAUGACCUGCUCUGAAUAUAGAUAUCUUAUGCCGCGCCAUCAUAUUGUUGUGGAUAUUUUAACCACUCUGUCUCUGAGAGAUCAACACCCAAAAGGGAGAACCAAUAAAGAAAUAUUUGUCUCUGUUUGGGUUUUUUUUUUGUGUAAAUAAAAACUUUCAAAUCAAGGUGGUAAAGAAAUGAUGCCGAAUCGUUUUAGAAAGCUGUCAUCUGAUUGGCUCAAGAACCAUGCAUGUUUCAUUUUGAUUGGACAGUCAAAGUUUGCUCAGUGUUCACCUGCACAACCUUCUACAGAGGUGUCAGAGAGGAACCAUAUUGGAGUAAAACAUUUGAUUUUGAGAAGAUUGAUCCCAGUUCUUGACAAAGUUUUUUUCUCUUUCAUAGUUUCAAGAAUAUCCUUCAUCCAAGAUAUUUAAUAUUUUUCAUAUUUCUUAAUAUAUAGUAUACUUCAUUGAUAAUACCCAGGAUAUUUAAUAUUUUUCAUAUUUCUUAAUAUAUAGUAUACUAUAACCAAGAAUUGGCUCAAUCUCAACCUGUAUGAAUUUGAUGAGUAUGUUUAGAUCAAUCUGAUACCUGUAAACAUAAUUUGAAGGUAAUGUUUAGUUUCUUAGGUCAGCAUUAAUGUGAUACUAGAGAAGUCGAUAUGCUCACUCUUUGAAAGAGUGGGAGUCUGUAUAUAUUGUUGAAAUAUGGAUGUUUUAUUUCAGUGUAUUUAAAUAUUUAAUCUUUUUCAUCAAUUUUAUCAGUUAUUUUACAAGUAAUAUCGUGUGUCAGUCUAUACAAAUAAACUGUUGCCUUUGUCUUCCAAGAAUAUGGAACAAGGUGUAAAUUGCUCCUUGACUGAACAUAUCCACUGUGACAGCACAUACUGGUAUCAUGGCAACAUUGUUAUAUCUUAAUUUCCAUAUUCAGUGUAUUGUGCGCACAGGGUACACAAAAAGUUUCGAUGGUUCAAGCAUAUUGGAUCAGCACACUUUAUACGUGAAAUACGGUAAAGGACUACACUGGAGAAGAGUUAACAGGUCUUUAUGUUUCUAACCACAGGUUUCAAAUCUGCAAAAUUUAUUUUAAAGAGGCUUCACCUUUUCCAUUGUUAAAGUAUAUUAUUUUGAGGAUUUCCUUUUUAUUUGAUUUGUCCUUUUUAAACAUUACAUUAAUGUGUGAAUUGGCAGGUAUUUUUUCUGGACACAAUGAAAAGAUCAUUCAUUGUAAUUUGACAUUUUUUUUAGACCAAUUUGUGAUUUAUUGAAUUAAUAAUCUUUUAACAUAAUAAAUUUCAGAUUUUAAAGUUGUGUUUUUCUUCAUGGUUGUAGUUGUAUUUUUCAAGAGAGAAACUUAAAUAAAUUCUUUAUUUCAGUCUUACAGGAUUCAGCGUAUCCUUUUAUAGGCCUUUUAAGCAUCUUUGCUUUGUCUUGUUUUAGAGCUCAUAUUAUCUAUAUGUACAUAUGUCUUCUAUGGAGAGCUUUGAUUCACAGUUUUACAUAUUUUCCCAGUUGUAAAUAAACACGUUAAACACA